CUUCCGUCACUUGUAACGCCCAUCUGCGGCAAAGUCGUGGGAGGGUUUCGGAGCUAUCUUCUCCCUCUUUUGCUCUGUCUCCUUCUCUCGCAUCCCCCCCCUCUCUCUCUCGCAGAUGGAGCUAUCGCUGUCGCACAGCAGGGGAUUUCUGUGGCGCUGUUCCUCCUCCGAGUCAUUGGCAGUUAGAAGUAGACAGCAUGUCAAGUGGCCAUGCUUUCCAGGGUUAUUUUCUCCAACCAAAAGGAUUUCACAACUAAUGCUAGGUCAGAGCUGGCUUCUUUCUAAGCAAAACAACCAGAAGGUUCUCUGUUAUCAGAAAAAAGCUGUUCCUGUGGUGGAGGGCAGGUCUAUUGAAGAAGUGUAUGAUGCUUUAACUGAGCGUCUUCUUUCCUCUGCAACUAAGGUGCUGGAUCUCAAUUCAAAAUAUAUUGUAGGUUUGGCUGGUCCACCCGGUGCAGGCAAGAGCACUCUGGCAUCUGAAGUAGUUUGCCGUAUAAACAAACAUUGGUCCCAAAAAACUUUGAAAAAGGAUUCAGCUGCACAAAAUGAUGAUGUUGGUAUGGUACUUCCAAUGGAUGGAUUCCAUCUUUACCGUUCCCAGCUGGAUGCAAUGGAGAAUCCAGAGGAAGCACAUGCUAGAAGAGGAGCCCCAUGGACAUUCAAUCCAGAUCUGCUCCUAAAAUGUCUGCAUGCUCUAAGGAAUGAGGGAUCAGUUUAUGCCCCAUCAUUUGAUCAUGGUGUUGGUGACCCUGUAGAAGAUGAUGUAUUUGUGAGUUCCCAGCACAAAAUAGUGAUUGUGGAGGGAAAUUACUUGUUACUGAAAGAAGGGGCUUGGAAGGAGGUCUGUUCUAUGUUUGAUGAGAAGUGGUUCCUUGACGUUGACAUUGAUACUGCCAUGCAACGAGUUCUGAAAAGGCAUAUAUACACAGGUCGGUACUCUGAACAAUUUGUCAAGGCUAUGUUUCAUAUUGAAGACCAUAAAUGUCUUAUUCUUCUGAUCACUGUGCCAGGCAAGGAGCCACAUGUUGCGAAGUGGCGGGUGGAGUACAAUGACCAUCCAAAUGCAGAACUCAUAAUGAAAACAAAAACGAACGCAGAUCUUGUAAUCAGGUCGGUGGACUUCUAAAGCUGGACAUAAAUGCCUCAACAAGGGAUGAACUAAAUCAGAAUGGUUCUCUCUGUAUUAAUAAUCAUGAUCAUCAUUUAGACAGGGAGAAGUCAUCUUGUUUAUUUAAUAAAGAAUGUUCCAGUUUCAGGUGCUCUAUUUUCAGUUUUUAACUUCGUAUUCUUCUCUCCCAAGAAUUAUAGAUUCAUGGUUUCAAGAAAACAAUAACUGUAAUCAUGACGAGAUUAAUCAAGCUAUCAUGAUUUGCAAGUCAGGGGAAAACCUAUAAAAAUGCCUUGUUCAUCAAUAAAGAAUGUUUUUUCCUU